UCUGCUGUCGCUCUGCCCAGUCCGACUCCCCUCCACUGCCCGCUCGGUCGCUCACUCGCCGUUCACUCCCGGAGUCGGAGCUCCCAGUGGUGCCAACGCUUCCUGUCUGCAUCGCAGCGGCUAGAUCGCUUGGUGUCAGAGGUGGGAUUGUUUUCGUCACAGUGGUUGGAUCGUUUGAUGCCAACAGUGGGACUUGCAGAACUGUUGUUGUUGGGAUAGAGGGGUGGCAGUGCUGGGGUAUUGUGGUGGUCGUGUGGUGGGGCCGUGUUGGUGUUUUUUUUAAGAGGUGGUGUGUUUUUGGAUGUCUGUGGGGCCCGUGACUCCCUUUCUCUUGGUCGACGGUGCGAGGCAUGAGGAGUCACCAUGGGGCUCAUGGAAUUUGCCCUGGAGAUUGACCCGGUCACGCUGAACCUGAUCAUCCUCAUCGGCAGCUAUGUGACGCUGCUUGUGGUCUUCCUCAUCUCCUGCAUCCUGUACGACUGCCGCGGAAAAGACCCCACCAAGGAGUCCCUGGACCCGGAGCCCGCACCUGUCGCCCCCACGCAGUCGCCGAUUCGCCUGGUCGUCAUGCAGAACUCGCCCGCCUCGUCCGCACGCUAUGAGCAACACAACAACAAGUCCACCAACUACCUGCCCCACAGCACUGACAUGCGAGAGAAGAGGAGCACCCUGGUCUGAAUGGGCAAACACUGGACAUAUGAUAUACCGAUCAGAUAGACUCAGAUACAAGCAUCAGCAUGAGGGAGAAGGGGAGCACCCUGGUCUGAAUGGGCAAACACUGGACGUAUGAAAUAGCGAUCAGAUAGACUCAGAUACAAGCAUCAGCAUGAGGGAAAAGGGGAGCACCCUGGUCUGAAUGGGGAGGCCCUGAGCUUAUGAUAUAGCUAUCAGAUAAACUCAUGGUGCUAUGUUUUAUAGCCUGCAUCUCUCUGCCUCUGAACUAUACUGUGGCACAAAAAACAGAUCCCUAAGGCUUGUGUGGACCUGGCAGCACCUCCAUCAUAGACUCCCUACAGUGAGGAGAGACCUGGCAGCACCUCCAUCAUAGACUCCCUACAGUGAGGAGGGGAUAUGGCAGCACCUCCAUCAUAGACUCCCUACAGUGAGGAGAGACCUGGCAGCACCUCCAUCAUAGACUCCCUACAGUGAGGAGGGGAUAUGGCAGCACCUCCAUCAUAGACUCCCUACAGUGAGGAGAGACCUGGCAGCACCUCCAUCAUAGACUCCCUACAGUGAGGAGGGGAUAUGGCAGCACCUCCAUCAUAGACUCCCUACAGUGAGGAAGGACCUUGUAGCACCUCCAUCAUAGACUUCCUACAGUGAGGAGGGACCUUGUAGCACCUCCAUCAUAAACUUCCUACAGUGAGGAGGGACCUUGUAGCAUCUCCAUCAUAGACUCCCUACAGUGAGGAAGGACAUUGUAGCAUCUCCAUCAUAGACUCCCUACAGUGAGGAAGGGACGUGUUGCUAGAGAUGGACUCCACGAGCUGAGUGUCCUGCUCCUGCCAGGACUAAGGGCUCUUGUGUUGUGAGAUGAGAUGAGGGGCUGAUGAUGCAGACUUGCUUCACAAGACCAGCCUGUAAGAGAGCCCCGUGAGGGAGCCAUGCGAGGAGUCUGCUACGGCUCCCAGCAGGCCUCGGCUGUUUCAGUCUGACCCGAGGAGCAAUGAAGAAGAAGUGGCGACGAGACGCUCGGUCAAAGUGAAACAAGGCAUUUGGCGUUUGAGCAGCUUGUCCAGACGUGAAGCUACUCUGAGGCCAGGUGCUGUAACACUGUCUCCCUGGAGCAAACCAGGCACUGGUGUGAUUCAUAACAUCCUGCACAAACAGAAAGGUUUAGAGGCCUAAAAUCGAUACCACCCGAUUCAGUCUCUGGUUAAGUAUGCGGACAUGUACAUGUAAGAUAGGACUUUAGUAUUGCAGGUCGGACCUAGUGGAUUUGAAUGGCUAUGGACUGAAGUCUUCUAACAUCGUCAGCAGGCUUCUGUAGUUGGAUGCCAAACAAUGGGUGUCAAGCAGGAAGUGAUGUACAAAUGCAUUUCCUCUUAUUUAUUUCAUAACCAUGAUUUGUUCUUAUUUUGUUAGUACCCUCUGAUUUCUGGGAUUGAGCUAUGUUUUCAUAUUUUUACCCUAAUGAUUUGCACGACAACAGAGUCCAUUUGUACCAUCAUAUCUCAUGUACAUCUGAUUAUAAGAUAUUUAUUAUAAUUUCAGAGGAAAUAGAUUUUCUUCCAUGUUGUGUCUGUGGAGAUUCAACUGUCACACAAGUUAAAAAUAAAAUAAAUAUAUAUGGGCAUGUGUACACUCUAUCUGCGGAUAGGAAGCAAAUAAAACUGGUGAGCUUG